GUAGCAAAUAUAAAUAUGACCCAAUUGGACAAACUCGGCACUGGUUCUUCGGAUCCUCUCAGGAAGUUUCAUAGGUUUACCAGAUUGGGUUAACAACAUGAUGGCGAAACUCCUCAUAGCUCUGAGUGUUCUCCUAACUCUGCACAUAGCUUCUUCCAAUAAGUUGGUCUGUCACAUGACCAACUGGGCCCAGUAUAGGCCUGGCAGUGCCAAGUUCACCCCAGACAACAUUGACCCUUUCCUGUGCACACACGUCAUCUACACGCUUGCCACCAUCAACAGCUUCAACCAAAUCACCACCAUUGAGUGGAAUGAUGAGCAGCAGUACGCCAGACUCAACGGCCUCAAGGACAUUAAUCCGGCACUGAAGACUCUGCUGUCAGUUGGAGGCACAGUCAAUGGAAUGAGCCCAUUCAUUGCCAUGGUUGCCAAGCCAGAGACUCGUGCUGCCUUCAUAAAGUCGGCCAUCAGCUUCCUGCGAACUCACAACUUUGAUGGGCUGAACUUGGCUUGGGAAUAUCCGGCACACAACGGCAGCCCACUGCAGGACAAGCAGAGAUUCACUUUGCUGGCCAAGGAGUUGGUUGCGGCUUUUGAGGAGGAUGCCAGAAACUCCAGAAAGACUCAGCUCCUGCUGUCAGCCAAUGUUGCUUCAAUCCGCGCCACUAUCGAAAGAUCUUACGAGGUCAACCUGAUUGCGCCACAUUUUGACUUCCUCAACCUCAUGACCUAUGACUUCCAUGGACACUGGGAGGCAGCAACUGGACACAACAGUCCUCUGUACCCAAGUUCUGUGGACUCAGGAUCACACAUUCAUCAUAAUAUCAACUCCUCUGUGUUCCAUUGGCUGGAUAUGGGAGCACCAGCAGAGAAGCUACUCCUGGGUUUCCCUUCAUAUGGGAGAACCUACCGCCUUCAGACUGGUGCUAAUGGCCUGGGAGCACCAUCAAACGGACCAGCUGACGCCGGGCCAUACACUCGCACGGCUGGUUUCUGGGCUUACUAUGAGGUCUGCGACUUCAUCUCCAGCGCUUCGCCUGAAUGGAUUGCUGAACAGAGCGUUCCAUAUGCCACCUUUGGCAGUGCUUGGGUUGGCUAUGAUGACCAGCGCAGCUUUUCAUCCAAGGUUGAGUGGAUGACAGGCAGGAAUCUGGGAGGUGCUCAUGUGUGGACUCUUGACAUGGAUGACUUUGGUGGAUCCUUCUGUUCAGCUGGCUCAUAUCCACUCAUCAACCACCUCAGGAUGUCAAUGGGCUUCCCCCCUAAGCCUACCACCACUCCAGCUCCGACCACCACCAGGGACCCCACUGCCAGUUUCUGUCAUGGCCGCCCUGACGGCCUGUACCCUAACCCAUUUGACAGCAACACCUACUUCCAGUGCUUCAGAGGAAACACCUACCUGCACCGCUGCCAGCCUGGUCUCAUUUACUGGGACUCCUGCAAGUGCUGCAAUUGGCCUUGAUGCAGCAUGGCUGAAAUAAAAGUAUUUGGGAGAAAGUUUGCAAUGUUAAGUAAACAUCUAGAACAAAACAGUAGCUAAAUCUGUAAUUGACUCAUUAAACAUUUGUUAAUGUAUCAUUUCAUAUGACUUUCACAUUUCAUCAAUUUCGCAUUUUGUCGACUCAAGAAUUGAGUAGUAAACCAUCUUUAAAUGCAUUAAUUUUGGGGUUUUCAAGUUGCUGCCAUGUUGAGAUGAAAACUCCAAAAGGAAUAUUUGUUCAUUUUAAUAUUGUUUUUUUUUCCCCUGUAUGUAACGACUGAAAAAAAAGGAUUAGAUUAUUGCUGCUCUGCUUUUUUUUUCCUCCUUGAAAGUGAACAUUGAAGUCAGCCAAGGAAAAUGUUUAUCAUUGAACUUGAAAAUGUUGAACAUAGCCAUUGAACUAUGAUUUAAACAGAAAAUAUGCCACACGCACUGGAUUAAAGUUAUUAGGACCUGAUGGCACGUCCGGCCAUGCCUCUCACCCUCAACCUUUAUUAAACUAAAAAUUCAAGAUGAA